AAAUCAAUCCGUUUUAUUGAUUUUAUUUUAUUUGAGAAAAUACAAACCAAAAAAGUUCUGGAUCUCGAUUGUGUGCGUGUGUGAGAGAGAGAGGAUCAACUAUUAAUCUCGACGAAUCAGAGGAGCUGUUUUUUAGUAAUAAAAGGAAGAAAGAAGGGAUUUUGAUUUGCUCUACAUCCAUCCAUCACUUUGAUUCUCCUCUCCUCCCGUCUCUGAAGAAAGGAUUUGUCGACAAUGAGAAUGGGAGCUGUUGCUGCGAUAUGGUGGUUAACGGUGGUUGCUGCUGCAUCUCGCCUUUCAUUCCUGCACGCCUCUUCUCCAUCAUCAACUACUGUCCCAGCUUUCCUCUGGUCUCCUCACCAUCCUCAUCAUCAAAUGAGUGAAGUAGUGAAUUAUCAGACCAUUUCUUCAAAAGAUCUUGCCAGGUCAGUUCUGUCUGAAGGAGGCUGGUCAAACUUACUGUGCUCAGAAAAGAAAGUUCAGCAGUCUGUGGAUCUGGCGCUUGUAUUUAUUGGCAGGGGGCUGCUUUCCACUGAUGUUUCUGCAAACAAAAACACAGAUCCAGCUCUUGUGAACUUGCUCAAGGUUUCUUAUACCGAGUCCAAUUUUUCCAUGGCAUUUCCUUAUGUUGCUGCUUCAGAGGAGGCAAUGGAGAAUUCAUUGGUUUCUGGGUUUGCAGAAGCUUGUGGGCAGGAUUUAGGAAUCAGUAAUGUUGCUUUUUCAGAAUCAUGUUCUUUAGAGGGUGAAAACUUUCAAAAGCUUGCAAACCUGCACGCCAUCAAUGACUAUCUGGCUUCAAGGAUGGAGAAGAGGCCUAGUGGCCAUACUGACCUGGUUGUAUUCUGUUAUGGAGGCUCCAAUUCAAUGAAAGGACUUGACCAACCACAAAGUGAAAGUGAAAUUUUCUCUGAGCUCAUCAGCUCUGUGGAGAUGUUGGGGGGGAAAUAUUCCGUUCUCUAUGUUUCAGAUCCCUUCCGAUCAAUCCACCUUCCUUAUCAUCGAGAACUAGAAAGGUUUCUUGCUGAAAGUGCUGCAGGAAAUGCAUCACUGAAUUCCACACACUGCGAUGAAGUUUGCCAGAUCAAAUCAUCACUUUUGGAAGGAGUUUUAGUUGGGAUUGUUUUGCUUAUCAUUUUGAUAUCAGGCCUUUGCUGUAUGAUGGGCAUUGACACUCCAACAAGAUUUGAGGCUCCCCAAGACUCUUAAUCGGUUGCAUGUGGGGAGAUGAUGCCUUUGUUUUGUACCACCAAGUACUUUUGUCUUGGGCAUUUGUGAAAGAGAUUAGUUUGGUUGUUAUAUAGUUGUCACUGAACGGAGAUGCUGUCUUGUAUUAUUUAAACAAGUGUUAUCUUAUGAUGGUAAUAAUGGAGCAUUUUAGUGUUUUUGUUAA